GCGUCACCCCUGUGAAAGCAGCAGAGUGGUAUGUUCCACUCGUCACGUCAACAUGGAGGCUCUGCAAACAUUUUAAACAACAUGGAAGUCGACAACUGAUCAAGUAACACCUUCCAACACCUUCAAAGUCAACUUUGUUGAUUUUAUUCCUGUAGUUUGUCGCCCGCAGCAGCUGACUUUUGGUUUUUAAAUUAGACGCUGCCGUUCUCGUUUUUAUGACUUGACCGAGCUGCCCUUUUAAAUAUCAUUAGUGUUGUUAUCACCUGCGGUAGUGUUUGCAGAUGGAACCCAGACACGUGACACGGAUUCACCAAGAGGUCAGUUCUCUCCCUGCACCUUUUUCUGCCGACGUAAGGCAAAGACAACACGCGGACUUGAACGUGGUGACGGUGACCGCAGGAUGGAGUCAGGCGGAUGCUGUGAGAGGAUCCAGACUUUGCUUCUCACAACAGUGGACUCUCAUCCUAGACUCUAAAGACCGGACGACCAUCAGGACAGUCCUCCCACCUGGACCGCGUGGACCACAGCCUGCAGAAGUGCUGAGUGGAGCGUCCCCUAGUGGUGCAGUGAGGGCGCUGGUUGCAGACACAGGUGGUCAGCAGCUGAUGGAGAUCUGGGACCAUCAUGGACUCAGGAAGUGUCUCAACUUGACCGCCCUCAACAAACAUGGCGCCGUCUACGAUGACGGUCAGUUUGGAGUUCUGUCAUGGUCUCAGUGUGAGAGCAAGAUUCUCUACGUGGCCGAGAAGCUGAGGACAACAAAUGUUGAGGAUGAGUCUGCAUGGGGGACGGACCGGAGUGUGUACCUUGAAGACUGGGGCGAGGCUCUGACCACCAGGAGCACGCCCGUCAUGUGUGUGCUGCACCUGCACAGUGGAGUGCUGGACGUGUUGCAGGGCGUCCCCGCCGACGUCUCACCUGGACAGGCUUGCUGGGCCCCAGGAGGUCAGAGUGUGUUUUUUGUGGGUUGGUACCAUGAACCCUUCAGACUGGGACUCAAGUUCUGCUCCAAUCGCAGGUCAGCGUUGUUCCAGCUCAGCAUGGACGGCAACUGUGAGCGUUUGACGGGGGACCACCAGUCCGUGUCCUGUCCCAGGCUGAGUCCAGACGGGUCCACGCUGGUCUACUUGCAGGGUCAGGUUUUUGGAGCGCACCAUCAGUGCCUGAGUCUGCAGCAGCUGGACUUGGCCAGCAGGAAGUGGUCCACACUGGUAGAUGUCGUGGAUCGGCCACCACCUGGUGGGUUUGCUGGUAUUUAUGAAGCUCUGCCGUCCUGCUGUUGGUCUGCUGACAGUCACAUAGUCGUUUUCAGCAGUGCCUGUCACAACCGGAAGGACGUCUUCAUGGUGGACAGAAGAACCAAGAAGGUGACCCGCCUCUCUGGCCUCUCUGGCGCCCCCCACCUCUACGGCAGCUGGAAACUUCUGACCGUUCAGAGAGACCUGAUGGUGGUCUGCUGCUCCAGCCCCAACACACCCCCCGCUCUGCUGCUAGGUUUCCUCCCUUCAUCAGCUGAGCGUGAGGUGUCCUGGCACCCCCUUCAGGAGCCCAUCACCACCUUUGACUUCCAGUGGAGGAUUCUAGAAGUGGAACCUCCGGCAGAAGAGUGCAACUCAAACUACCCUGACUUGAAGUUCGGAGCGGUCCUCGUCAAACCACACGGAAGUCCCCUCCGCGGCGCCAAGACCCCACUUGUGGUCUUCAUCCAUGGUGGCCCACACUCACAGUUUGCAGCGGAGUGGAACGUCACCACGGCUGGCCUGGUCUCGCUGGGCUUUGCUGUGCUGAUGGUCAACUACCGCGGCUCCACGGGCUUUGGCCAGGACAGUAUUUUGUCCCUCGUUGGACACAUUGGACAACAAGAUGUCAAAGAUGUACAGAGGGCCGUGCUCGCCGCGCUGCACAGCGACGCGACCCUGGACGGCGAGCGUGUGGCCGCCGUGGGAGGUUCCCACGGAGGCUUCCUGUCGUGCCACCUGGUGGCGCAGUACCCGGACUUCUACCGAGCGUGUGCGGCCAGGAACCCCGUCAUCAACGCCGCCACCUUGCUGGGCACCAGCGACAUCGUAGACUGGCGCUACACCAGUGUGGGCUUGCAGUACUCCUACCAGCACACGCCCACUGCUGAGGCGCUGGCGGCCAUGUUGGAGAGGUCCCCCAUCGUGCACGCUGCGCAGAUCAAGGCUCCUGUGCUCCUCAUGCUGGGCGCCAGAGACCGGCGAGUGUCUCCUCACCAAGGACUGGAGCUCUACAAGGCGCUCAAGAGCAGAGCAUCGCCUGUCAGGUUGUUGUGGUUUGCAGAGGAGGGACACGCUUUGUCCAGAGUGGACACUCAGGCUCAGUGCUUCCUCAACGUGGUGCUGUGGCUGCACCAACACCUUUAAACAACCUCGGUAACUUUGUGGUACUACUUGUUUUCAUCCUCAAUCAAAGCCUGCAUUCUAUUGUUGAUGCCAGGGAAACAUCUCCAGCAGGGGGCAGCCUCCAUCUAGCAUAGCAGUUUUGACACUUAAAACCAAGGAAUGUUUAUAUUUCAUACUCACUAGAUAACAACUGCUGUGUUUGUACUUACUGGCGACACAAUACACACGAAAUACAAUCAUCAAAUUGAUAAAUUAAAGUUUUAAAAAUGUUAUGAGAAUACUGUCUUGUCAUGUCAAUUUGCGAUAAAUAUGUAAAAAUAAAAAACUUUUAUUUUUGCCAGUAUAAAAGUGUAAUACCACAAGAAAAAGUAAGAAAAUAAAUAUAUUGGUACAAAAUGUAAUCAAAAUAAAAUCAUUUUAUGUGAGGGAAAAAUAAUUAAUAAUAAUAAACAGGAAAAAAGUUACAAUUGUAAAAAUCAUAAAUUUAUGAAAAAUAAAUCAUAUUUGUAACUGUUUUAUUUUGAAAGGAAAAACAAAGUUAGAAAAACAGAAUAAAUUAAUUAAACAGUAACAAAGUUAAAGUACCUGUGAUUGUCACACACACACUAGGUGUGGUGAGAUUAUCCUCUGCAUUUGACCCAUCACCCUCACCCCCUGACAGGUGAGGGGAGCAGUGAGCGGCAGUGGUGGCUGCGCCCGGGAAUCAUUUUGAUGAUUAAACCCCCAAUUCCAAACCUUGAUGCUGAGUGCCAAGCAGGGAGGUAAUGGGUCCCAUUUUUAUAGUCUUUGGUAUGACUCGGCCGGGAUUUGAACUCACGACCUACCGAUCUCAGGGCGGACACUCUAACCACUAGUUAACAACCAUAAUAAUAACAUUUAUGAAAAUAACUCCAUAAUCUUAUGGGGAAAAAGUGGUAACUUUAUGAGAUUAAAAAUCAAAAGUUGACAAAAGUUGUACUUUUUUUUAAAAACAAAAAUAUAGUUCUAAUAUUUAGAAAAAAAAAGGUUUGAUUUUGUAGCAAAAAAUUAAUCAACUGACAAGUAGAAAGUUGUAAUACAAAAAUAUGAAUAUAACAAAGUUAGUAAAACAAAAUUAAUUUUAUAAAAAAUUAUUGCAAUAAAGUAGAAAAUUGUGGCAUAUUAACUGAAAAAGCUGUAAUUUUUUUUCAAAAAUAAAGUCCUAAUAUUACAGAAAAAAGGUUGGAUUUUGCAAUAUUAAUUUAAUCAAACAUUGGAGUAUUACAAGUGGAGGAGUUCAAGUACCUCAGAGUCUUGUUCACGAGUGAGGGAAGAGUGGAUCAUGAGAUCGACAGGCGGAUCGGUGCGGCGUCUUCAGUAAUGCGUACGCUGUAUCGAUCCGUUGUGGUGAAGAAGGAGCUGAGCCGGAAGGCAAAGCUCUCAAUUUACCGGUCGAUCUACGUUCCCAUCCUCACAUAUGGUCAUGAGCUUUGGGUCAUGACCGAAAGGACAAGAUCACGGGUACAAGCGGCCGAAAUUAGUUUCCUCCGCCGGGUGGCGGGGCUCUCCCUCAGAGAUAGGGUGAGAAGCUCUGCCAUCCGGGGGGAGCUCAAAGUAAAGCCGCUGCUCCUCCACAUCGAGAGGAGCCAGAUGAGGUGGUUUGGGCAUCUGGUCAGGAUGCCACCCGAACGCCUCCCUCGGGAGGUGUUUAGGGCACGUCCGACCGGUAGGAGGCCACGGGGAAGACCCAGGACACGUUGGGAAGACUAUGUCUCCUUGCUGGCCUGGGAAUGCCUCGGGAUCCCCCGGGAAGAGCUGGACGAAGUGGCUGGGGAGAGGGAAGUCUGGGCUUCCCUGCUUAGGCUGCUGCCCCCGCGACCCGACGUUGGAUAAGCGGAAGAAGAUGGAUGGAUGGAUGGAUGGAUGGAGUAUUACAAGAAAAAAGUUUGCAAAAGAAAAAAAAUAUAUAUGAGAAAAAUGAAGCAAAUUUACGAGAACAAAACAAAAAUGUACUGGGGGAAAAAGUGGUAAUUUUAUGAGACUAAAAUUGUAAUUUUACAAGAAAUAUAUUUUUAAGAAAAUAUGUGUAGUAUUUUGAGAAAAAUACGUUUAGUUUUGCAGUAAUAAAGUAAUCAAAUUACAAGUACAACCUCGUAAUAUAAAAAGAGGACCUGAUACAACAAAAAAGUUGGUCAAAGAGAAUAAAUUAAUAUUAGUUAAAAAAAAAAUUGCAAUUUUAAAUUAAAAAAGCGAAGAAAAUUUUUUUUAUUUUACAAAAUCAAAGCUGUAAUGUUUAUGAAAACAAAGUCCUAAUACUACAGAAAAAAGGUUGGAUUUUGCAAUAUUCAAGUAAUUAAUUAAAGUAAAAACUUAAGUAAAGUAUUACAAAAAAAAUGUUUGAAAAAGACCCAAAAAUUAUGAGAUAACUGAAGCUAAAUUUACUAUAAUGUUAUGGGGAAUUUUUUUUUUUUAUGAGACAAACGUAAAUUAUUUUACAAAAAUAUAGUUCUGAUAUUUAGAAAAAAAAGGUUUGAGUUUGCGGCAAUAAAGUAAUCAAAUUACAAGGAGAAAGUUGUAAUACGAAAAAGGUCUGACUAUAACAAAUUAUUAUGAGAAAACAUUUGCAUUUUCAAAUCAAUUACGUGUAAAAUAUGGUCAUUGUACAAGAAAAAGAUGUAAUUUUUAGGAAAAUAAAGUCCUAUUAUUACAGAAAAAACGUUGGACUUUGCAAUAUCCAAGUAAUCAAAUUACAAGUAAAAAGUUUUACAUUUUAAAACCCCCGGAAUAUUACAAGAAAAAGAAAAAAAAAUUAUGAGAAAAUUUAAGCAAAUUUACGAAGAAAAAAAUAUAAUGUUAUGGGACUUUUAUGUGACUAAAAUCUUAAAUGUGUAACGAAAAUGAAGUUGUAAUAUUUUAAGAAAAAAAAGUAAAAUUUUGCAGCAAUAGAGUAAUCAAAUUAUGAAAAAAAGUUGUCAUUGACAAAAAAGAAAACCAUAAAAAACCCCCAAAGAGAAUAAAUUGUUAUUAAAAAAAACAUUUGCAAAUUUGCAAGAGUAAAGCAACAUUAUGUAAAAAAAAGAAGUGGUAAUUUUACAAGGUUUAGAAUAAAGUAAAGAAAAAAAAUCAUAAUAUUAAAGAAAAAAAGUUUGGAUUUUGGAAGAAUAAAGCAACAUUAGGUGAAAAAGUGGUAAUUUCACAAGGCUUAGAAUCAAGUAAAUAAUAAAAGAAAUCACAAUAUUAAAGAAAAAAAAGGUUGGAUUUUGCAAGAAUAAAGUUGUCAAUUUACUAGUAAAAAGUUGUAAUUUUAAAGAAACCCCCCGGAAUAUUACAAGAAAAAGAAAAAAAAUAUAUGAGAAAAUUUAAGCAAAUUUAGGGAAAAAAAACCCAUAAUGUUAUGGGAAAUUUUUUUCAUUUUAUGUGACUAAAAUCUCAAAUUUUUCACAAAAAUGGAGUUUUAAUACUUAAAUUAAAUUUUGCAGCAAUAAAGUAGUCAAAUUACAAAAAAAAAAAAAAAAAUAUAACAAAAAAACAAAAAUAAACAAAGACAAUACAUUACUAUUAAAACAUUUGCAAUUUUACAAGAAUAAAGCAACAUUAUGUGAAAAAAGUGGUAAUUUUAUGAGACUUUUACUGAAACAAAGUAGAUUUUUUUCAAAUAAUCUUAAAGAAAUAACGUUUGGAUUUUGGAAGAAUAAAGCAACAUUAGGUGAAAAAGUGGUCGUUUUACAAGGCUUAAAAUAAAGUAAAUAAAAAAAAUCAUAUUAAAGAAAAAGUUUGGAUUUUGGAAGAAUAAAGCUACAUUAGGUGAAAAAGUGGUAAUUUCACAAGGCUUAGAACCAAGUAAAUAAAAAAAUAAAUCACAAUAUUAAAGAAAAAAAAAGGUUGGAUUUUGCAAGAAUAAAGUUGUCAAUUUACUAGUAAAAAGUUGUAAUUUAAAAAAAAAACAAAAAACGGAAUAAUACAAGAAAAAGAAAAAAAAUAUAUGAGAAAAUUGGAGCAAAUUUACAAAGAAAAAACAUAAUGUUAUGGAAAUUUUUUUCAUUUUAUGUGACUAAAAUCUCAAAUUUUUCACAAAAAUGAAGUUUUAAUACUUAAAUUAAAAUUUGCAGCAAUAAAGUAGUCAAAUUACAAGAAAACAAAACAAGAAAACAAAAAUAAACAAAGACAAUACAUUAUUAUUAAAACAUUUGCAAUUUUACAAGAAUAAAGCAACAUUAUGUGAAAAAAGUGGUAAUUUUAUGAGACUUUUACUGAAAUAAAGUAGAUUUUUUUCAAAUAAUCUUAAAGAAAAAACGUUUGGAUUUUGGAAGAAUAAAGCAACAUUAGGUGAAAAAGUGGUCAUUUUACAAGGCUUAAAAUAAAGUAAAUAAUAUUAAAGAAAAAAAGGUUGGAUUUAGUUAAUUUACUUGUAAAAAGUUGUAAUUUUGCGAUAAAGUGAUGUUGUUGAGACAGUUGAAAUGAUGAAAAUGACUGUCCCACACAAAAUCAGACUAGCAACAAGUGGCCAGACGAUGGUGAGCAGAAAAAAAAGAGCAAUCGUGCUGUCAAGUUUUACAAACCAAUAAUAAUGAGAGGAGUUUGUGUAGUUGAUGAAAAAUGCCAUAAAGGCUAAAUAAAAACCGCCGCUGACCCUCAGCUUGACGUCCAAGUGUUUGAGAUGUCUCCCCUCACUCGGACACAACGGCGGUGAUAAGUGCCGCCAUCGCGGCGCGGUGAUGAUGAGGUCACGGUAACGUGGGCGCGGGUGAGCUCACCCCGUGGGGAAGGAGCGCGGAGACGGCGCUGACGAGGAAGCCGAAGAAAAGACGGCGCUUGACGGACAGAAGGAGACCUUCACGCCUCUCCGCUGUGUGGGCCGAGGCCGUGAGACGGACCAUUGUUCCAGCAGCACCAUGGCGCUGGUGAUGGCCGCGUGUGGGUGGCGGACAAAGGCAGGAAGGACUGCAGGCGGACGAGACGGGACAAAGGAGUUCUUGCUUGUGCUGAUGCUUCCUGUCUGGCCAAGAAAGACGACACAAAGUUGACGUCACAAAACCAAAAGCUUUGAUUUGUUCUUAAGACCACGAUCAGUUUUUUCGAUCCAUUAGGGGCGAGUGAGGCAGUGCCCCAUCAGAUCCACCAGAUGGUGCUAUUCUUGCCUUGAUACCCACGGGAAAAAGUCCCGUCAUCUUGCUUCCUGUCCCUGCCAGCUCUCCCUGUCCUUCCUCUCCUGCAACUAGCACAUUCUGCCUAGCAACAAGCCGCCACGGAAAAAAAUAAUCAUUUAAGUUUUGCAAUAAGAAUUAUUAUUCUACACGAUAGUGGUGUAUAUUUAUUGGAAAAUGUUGUCAUAAAAUUAUGAAAAGAUAUUUUUAAAUGAGAAUACAGUCAGUGAUGAAAAGAAAAAGGUAUUCUAAAAAUAAAAAUGGCAGAAAAAAUUGUCAUUUUACGAACAAAGUCACAAUGCAAAUGAGAAAAGUAAUUUUACGUGGAUAUAUUUUUAAGACAAUAAAGUUAUAUUAAUAGAAUGGUGUGUAAAUAUCUACAUACAUAUCCAUCC